AUGAAAAUAUUAAUCGCAUUCACAGCCUUCAUUUUGAGCGUCAGUGCUUUAUCAGUUAACGAGCAUUGGGAGAACUUCAAGGUCAAACAUGGCAAAGUUUACAAAAACCCAAUUGAGGAAAGAGUGCGCUUUUCGGUUUUCCUGUCAAAUUUAAAACUCAUCAACGAACACAACGCCAAAUACGAACAGGGACUUGUAGGAUAUACAAUGGGUGUCAACCAGUUCGCUGACAUGAAGCCAGAAGAAUUUAAAGCCAAGCUUGGUAUGCAAGCUAAGAACAUACCGAACAUCGAGAAAUCUCUUCAUGUACAAGAUGUAAAUGCUGAGGUUCCAGACUCUAUUGAUUGGAGGCAAAAAGGUGCUGUAUUAGGCGUGAAAGACCAAGGAAACUGUGGAUCCUGCUGGGCUUUUAGUGCUACUGGUGCCGUUGAAGGACAAAACUACAUCCUAAAUGGUGAAUCAAUUCCUCUCAGUGAACAAGAACUUCUGGAUUGUUCUGCAGGAUACGGCGAUGGCAACUGCAAUGAUGGUGGCCUCAUGACUAAUGCUUUUAAGUACAUUCGGGAUCUGGGAAUAGAAUCCGAGUCAGACUAUCCCUACAAAGCUACGCGACAAUAUUGCACACGAAGCGCUAGCAAAACUGUAGUUAAAAUUCAAGGUUACAAUGAGUUAGAACCUAAUGAAGAAGCUUUAAGACAAGCUGUUGGUACCGUUGGUCCAAUUUCCGCAGCUAUUUUCGCUGACCCAAUCCAGUUCUAUUCUGGUGGUAUUUAUGACAACAAAAAGUGCAAAAGCGAAAGGUAUCUCUUAGAUCACGGAAUCCUGGUCGUCGGUUAUGGUGAAGAAAACAACAAACCUUACUGGAUUAUCAAGAACUCGUGGGGCAAAAGUUGGGGUGAAGAAGGUUUCUUCAGGUUGGAGAGAAAUGAAAAUUUGUGCGGCGUGGCUCUGAUGGCAAGUUAUCCUGUUUUAUGA